AUGUCUGAAUAUUUGAGUUCCAGCAGCUCUCAAUCUUCAAGCAACAGCAUUUCCUCAUCACAACAGCCAUCACCGUCUUCAAGAUUGCCACCACCAUCUCCUUCCCCUCCACCUCCUCCUCCACCUCCUCCACCACCGCCACCCCCUGCACUACCAUCUCCACCAGCAGAGAUGGAAGUACAAGCUACUGCUGAAAGUUCCAGAGGUCAAAAUAAGGGUAUCUCAGAAUGGAAUACUGGAGUUAAAGUCGAAAUCAAGUUUGAUUCUACCUUCCAACCUGUGGGAGAUAGGGCUGCCCAAUUAAAGUCGCAGUUAGGACAAAUUGUAAGGGAUGGGCAAAGAAUUCCCCUUACAAUAAUUGAUUGGAAGUCUGUUGGAGCUGAAGUGAAAGAUGGAAUAUGGAAAGAAGUUAAGGAUAAUUUGCUGAAUGUUCCAGAAGGAUAUAAAACUGUAUGUUUGAGAUGUUGCAAUAGUCUGUGGAAGGAUCAUAAAAGCAAAACGAAACUCAACUUCUUUGAGAAAAACAAAGAAGAUCCAGAUAUUCUUUCAAAAGUUCCUGCCAAUAUUGUGACAGAGCAAUGGAGUGAGCUAGUUGCCUAUUGGAGUAGUGAGGAAGCUAAGAUGAUAGCAAGAAGAAAUUCUAUCAAUAGGGAGCUUCGUGGACCAGUUCAUACUACUGGUCGAAAACACUUUGCUCAAUUACGAUUUGAGAUGGAGCAAAAUGGAGAAGAAACUGAUAAGAUGAAUGUGUGGAAAAAAGCACGAGACCAGUCAAAACCAGAAGUAGUUGAAGUCAUUGAAGAAUAUGAAAAACGACUUUUAUUAGAACCUGAGGACCAAAGGAACCUUCAGGCUGUCAAAGACCGUAUAUUUCAUGAAUUGAUUGGAGAGGAUGGCCAUGGAUAUUGUCGCACCUAUGGAUCUGCCGUGCCUAGAAGAUUUGUCUACCCACAUGCACCAAAUUCCUCUGAAACCACUGAUGAUAUAAUACAGAAAGUAACUGAAUCUGUGGCAAAAAAGUUUCAGGAUCAGCUUAAUAUGCUACAAGCUCGAAUUGAUUUUUUGGAGAACAAAGAGAAGAGAGGCAUAGAUCAAAAUGGACAGGUUUGUCAUCACAAGAAUAAUUGUUUGAAUAUUUAGCUCUUAUUUGAUGUGCACAAUUUAUUAGAUGGUAUUGAUGAGAUAAUAUAGC